UCUACGUGCGGCAGGCGUAGGGCGCAUAACAUACUACACAGCGAGUUGGCAGAGCCCAGACAGCAGCACUGGCAGAGACGCGUUCUUAAAAAGCGCGCGCAAAAGCAUUGCUUGAACGCAUUUGUGUGCUUACAAUCGAACAACAACAACAAGAACAACUCGAACAGGCAGUCAACGACAGCAACGCGACUUAUAAACGAUAAACGAUAAACAGCGGGCGAUUAUCGUAACUGUCAAAAAUGUCGCUGCAGCCAAGCAAAGGCCAAACGGAUGUCGGCAAGAGGGAGCAGCAAAAAGGGAAGCAGCAGCCACAGCAGCAGCUAAAACAACAAAGGCAGUCAAUGCAGCUGCUGUCCGUUAUUGCAAUGCUGCUGAUGCUGACGCUGCUCACACAACCGCUGAGCGUCGACGGAAAUCGUCUUUCGGAUACGAAGCUACAUGAGGUCUAUUUGGAUGACAAGGAGAUCAAGCUGAGCUGGAUGGUGGACUGGUACAAGCAGGAGGUGCUCUUCCAUUUGCAGAAUGCAUUCAAUGAGCAGCAUCGUUGGUUCUAUUUGGGCUUCUCGAAACGUGGCGAUUUAGCCGAUGCGGAUAUUUGUUUCUUUGAGAAUCAGAACGGUUUCUUCAAUGUGGUCACCGACACGUACACCAGCCCCGAUGGCCAUUGGGUGCGCAAGGACUACCAGCAGGACUGCGAGGUCUUCAAAAUGGAUGAGUUUACGCUGGCCUUCAAGCGCAAGUUUGAUACCUGCGAUCCGCUCGAUCUGCGACUACAUGAGGGCACCAUGUAUGUGGUCUGGGCACGCGGUGAAUCGGAGCUCGCCUUAGAGGAUCAUCAGUUUGCGCUGCCCAAUGUGAGUGCACCACAUGAGGCGGGUCUCAAGAUGCUCCAGCUGCUGCGCGCCGACAAGAUACUCAUACCCGAAACCGAUUUGGAGCACAUUGAAAUCACACUGGAAAAGGCGCCGAUUCCCAAGCAGGAGACCACCUACUGGUGCCAUGUGCAGCGUUUGGAUGACAUCAUCAAGAAUCGUUUGCAUAUUGUACAAUUCGAGCCGAUUAUCAAGACGCCCGGCAUUAUACAUCACAUGGAGGUGUUCCACUGCGAAACGGAUGCACACGUCGAGAUUCCACUGUACAAUGGCGACUGCGAACAGCUGCCGUUGGAGGCCAAGGUCUGCUCGAAGGUUAUGUCACUGUGGGCCAUGGGUGCCAGCACUUUUACAUAUCCACCAGAGGCUGGCCUGCCAGUCGGUGGACCCGAUUUUAAUCCCUACGUUCGACUCGAGGUGCACUUCAAUAAUCCGGAGCUGCAGGCGGGUUUGGUGGACAGCUCUGGAUUUCGCAUCAAAUUAUCAAAGACACUGCGGCAAUACGAUGCCGGCGUCAUGGAACUGGGUCUGGAGUAUACCGACAAAAUGGCCAUACCGCCUGGCCAGACGGCGUUCCCGCUGAGUGGCUACUGUGUGGCCGACUGUACACGGGCCGCACUGCCGCGGACGGGCAUCAUCAUCUUUGGAUCGCAGCUGCAUACGCAUUUGCGAGGCGUUCGCAUCCUAACACGACACUUUCGCGGCGAACAGGAGCUGCGCGAGGUGAAUCGCGAUGAUUACUAUUCGCAUCAUUUCCAGGAGAUACGCACACUGCACUACAAGCCGCGUGUGCUGCCGGGCGACGCUCUGGUCACAACGUGCUAUUAUAAUACGCUUGCCGAUACGAACGCCACGCUGGGCGGCUUUUCCAUUAGCGAUGAGAUGUGCGUCAACUAUAUACACUACUAUCCGGCGACCAAGCUGGAGGUGUGCAAGAGUUCCGUUUCGGAGGAGACGCUCGAGGAUUACUUUAUCUAUAUGAAGCGCAAGGAGCAUCAGCAUGGCAUACACUUGAACGGGGCACGUUCUGCGAAUUAUCGGACUAUCGAAUGGACAAAGCCGCACGUUGACCAAUUGUAUACGAUGUACAUCCAGGAGCCGCUUAGCAUGCAAUGCAACAGAUCCGAUGGCCAGCGUUUCGAUGGACACAACUGGGAGGGUGUAGCGCCGACGCCAGUCCAAAUCAAAAUUCCCAUCCAUCGGAAAUUGUGCCCCAACUACAAUCCGCUGUGGCUGAAGCCGCUGGAGAAGGGUGAAUGCGAUUUGCUUGGCGAGUGCAUCUACUAGGCGAGUUAUGCAAGGAUACGAAAUGCAUUUUGUUUUUUUUUUUG